UAACCUCUCUUCUUCUUGCUUACUUGCUUUAUUCCUUUGCAUCAACUCAAAUUACCAACAUUAUGAGUAGUGAAAGUACAGAAAAUCCUCUCCACAUCCUCUUCUUCCCUCUAAUGGCACAAGGCCACAUGUUACCCACCCUCGACAUGGCCAAGCUCUUCGCCGCCAGAGGCGUCAAGUCCACCAUCAUCACAACCCCUCUCAACGCCCCUCUCUUCACCAAAGCGAUCGACAAAACCCAGAAUUCUCCGAAUUCCAAUUAUAUAAUCCUCAAAGUUGUCAAAUUCCCCGCAAAGGAAGCCGAUCUCCCUGACGGCCUCGAAAAUCUCGACCUCGUCUCCGGCCCGGAGGUCCACCGCAAGUUCUUCCACGCCCUCACUCUACUCCAGCAUUCUGCGGAGGACAUUCUCGCCGAGUUACGGCCUCACGCGUUCGUCGCCGAUGUGUUCUUCACGUGGGCGACGGAUCUCGCUUCGAAAUACGAGAUCCCGAGGCUGGUCUUCCACGGGACGAGCUUCAUUUCCAUGUGUUGCAUGGAGAGCGUGGCGAAGUUUAAGCCUUACGAGAAUGUCUCGUCGGAUUCUGAGCCUUUUGUCUUGCCCGGCUUGCCUGGUGAGAUUAAGAUGACGAGAUUGCAGAUUCCGGAUUAUUUGAGACUUGGACAGGAGAACAACUUAACGAAGCUUAUGAAGAGCGCGGAAGAAGCCGGAAGGAGAAGCUAUGGCAUGGUUGUUAACAGCUUCUAUGAGCUUGAACCGGUCUAUGCCGAUCAUUACCGGAAGGUUCUGGGAAAUAAGGCGUGGCAUAUCGGCCCGGUUUCUCUCUGCAACAAGAAUGCUUCGGAGAAAGCUCGGAGAGGAAAGGAAUCCGCCAUCGAUGAGCACGAGUGCUUGAAAUGGCUCGAUUCGAAGAAACCCAACUCGGUUAUUUACAUAUGUUUUGGGACAAACUCGAGCUUUUCAGCUUCUCAAUUGCAGGAGAUUGCUACUGGUUUAGAAGCCUCCGGACAAAACUUCAUAUGGGUGGUGAGGAAGGCAAAGGAGAAGGAUCAGGAGAAGGAGAAUAGCGAGGAAGAAUGGUUGCCCGAAGGAUAUGAGAAAAGGGUUGAAGGGAAGGGACUGAUUAUAAGAGGUUGGGCACCACAAGUGUUGAUUCUUGAUCAUGAGGCUGUGGGAGGAUUUGUGACUCAUUGCGGGUGGAACUCGGUGCUGGAAGGGAUUAGCGCGGGGCUUCCGAUGGUGACAUGGCCGAUAUUCGCGGAGCAAUUCUACAACGAGAAGCUGAUCACUGAGGUGUUGAGAACGGGAGUUGGCGUUGGUGCUCAGAAGUGGAUUCGAUUUGUGGGAGAUUAUGUGAAGAGUGAACAGAUAGAGAGGGCUUUGAAGGAGAUAAUGAUUGGGGAGAGAUCAGGGGAAAUGAGGAGCAGAGCAAAGGAGAUUAAGGAAAUGGCAUUGAGGGCUGUUGAAGAAGGUGGCUCAUCGUAUACAGAUUUGGGCAAUUUGAUUGAAGAGUUAAAGUCAAGGCAGAGCAAGAAAGUUUGAUUUUUCCCUCGUCGAAUUACCGAUUAUGUUUAGGAGUGUUAUUGUGCUUGUGUUGUGGAAUGAAAAUGGACACCCUCUGAAAAGCUA